AUGGAUAACAACCACGUUGAUAUUAGAGGUAUCCCUCAAAGGAUUCAAUUGCUCACGAGUAAAGGUGAAUUGAGUAAUUUACGUGGAACUGUUAAAUAUUUUGGCCCUGUUGAUUCUACCGAUGGCUUGUGGUGCGGCAUUGAGUGGGAUGAUAGUAGCCGGGGGAAGCACAGCGGCGACAAGGAUGGCAAGCAGUACUUUAAAACCAAAAUUCCCUUUUCUGCGACGUUUGUUCGACCAUCCAAGAAGAUACAUACAGGGCAAUCAUUCCUUAAUGCUUUCAAGCAAAAGUACGCAUAUAGCGACGAUAAGCUUGAAUUUGCUCCGAAUAUUGAUCGCAUUAGCAAGAAACUCAGCCAAACGUCUCAGCUCAAGGUUGCAGGUUUGGAGCACAUGGCUGUCUUUGGGAUUGGGGAUAGUGAUAAGGAUCAAGUAAGGCGAGAGGCGCAAAGUUUAAGACAGCUCUCGCUGGCGCAUUCUUUAAUAUCGUCCAUGGAGGACGUCGAUAAGCUCGUGGAAUACCUGCCUAGCAUACAGGAGCUUGAUAUUAGCUCGAACAGAGUCGCUAUAUGGAACAGACCAUACCCACACUUGCACAAACUUAAAAUUUUGAAGCUUAACAACACUCUCACAGAUUAUAGCGAGGUGGUUGCUUUGAGUGAUUCGCUUGGCUCAUUAGAGGAGCUCGAGCUGGGAUAUAAUGGAAUAGAAUUAUUGAAAGAUGCACCUAUUAUCGCCACCCUUCAUACACUCAUAAUGUCACACAAUAACAUUUCAGAAUGGAACGAGGUUGAGAAACUGUUACGGAUGUCGAGCUUGCAAACUCUAAAUAUCGACAGCAACAAGAUUGCAAGGAUACCUUACAAACCCCGCUCAGUUUCACCGAACAAUUCAAUCAAGACGCUCAAACUGUCGCGCAACGAGAUCAAAGAUUGGAUAUCUGUUGACGCAUUGGCAUUGCAGGUACCACAAUUAGAGUCACUGUCGCUGACUGACUGCCCUAUCAUGAGCACGCAGACAGAUGUCGGCAAGGCAAGACAGAAGGUCAUAGCAAGGUUUGAAAAGUUGCAUCUGCUCAACCUAAGCGAGGUAUCGAUCGAAGAGAGAAAAGAUGCAGAAUACUUCUAUAUCAAGAAUAUACCGACUGAAGAGGAUCCCAAACAGGCGCGCUACAAAGAGCUUUGUGAGAAGUACGACUAUCAACCUAGUAGUCAGCCAAGCAAAACACUUACUCAUUUGCAAAUGAAGAAGCUCAACAUAGAAUUGCGCAUGGAUAGCAAGACAUACCCACUUACAACCAUCUCGUCCAUCCCAGUAAAGAAGCUGCGGGUGAUAGUUGAAAGAAUCUUUGGUAUUUCUCACACCAAAUUUAAACUAACAGCUACCAUGAUACCACAACCGAACAUGAUGGGACAAGUCGAAGACGAACGCACCGAUGUGGAUUUGGACGAUGACUACAAAGAUCUUCGGUGGUUUAGCGUUGAAAGCGGGGAUCAAAUUGUAGUAACUCUAAAGUGA